AGCAGCUGAGGCAAGGAGGGAAGAGAGGAGGACGCAGGCCUCUCUGCGGCACGGCUCUCCUCAUGCAUCUCUCCAGACUCUUUGCACCAUCAGGAGGCUGCUCCUGCUGCUUGUGGUCACUGGGCUGCUGGUGGGGACGGUGGCUGGAUCGUGGCUCCUAGUGAAACACCUGAAGAAGUCUCAGCCAGACCACGGCUUCACCCUGCUGCAGGAGCCAGAUGCGAUCCCCGUGUGCAGUGAUGGUGAAGAGGAAGACCCCGUGGUCCAGGGGGCUCACAGCAGAGUGUCUUUCAGAAUAAACAUGGCAAACUCCUUGCUGGAAGCACGGGUGGAAGGCCAUCCCGGCUGGCUCCUGGCAUGCCAUGAGCACUGGAGUCUCUCCCUGGGCACCCUGCUGUGCCAGCAGCUCGGGUAUCUCAGAAUGGCCCAUCAGAAAGGAGUGAACCUGACGGAUGUCAAGGUGAAUGCCACAAGGGAGUUUGUUCAGGUGAGAGCCCACCAGGAAGGCGGCCUGGAAGACCUGUGGCAGGUGAGGAGCAGCUGUGAAUCAGGUCGAGUUGUGGCUCUGCAGUGCGCAGAGUGUGGGCUGCACCCCGGUGCUGCUCGGGUGGUUGGGGGUGCAGAUGUGCCUGCGGGGCGCUGGCCCUGGCAGGUCAGUGUGUACCACGGCUCCCAGCACCGCUGCGGAGGUUCCGUGCUGGCCCGGGAAUGGAUCAUCACAGCAGCCCACUGCGUGCACAGUUACAGGCGGUUUCAGACCUCUGCCUGGCUGGUUUUUGCUGGUGCUGUCAGCCACGGCUCCAUCAAGCAGGAGGACGGGGUACCAGUAAGGAAAAUAAUUUACCACCCGCUUUAUAAUGACAACAGCCUGGACUAUGACAUUGCUCUGAUGAAGCUCCAAGUCCCCUUGAAUUUCUCAGAUGCCAUCCGUGCUGUGUGUCUGCCACCCUCACACCAGGACCUUUUCCAGGGCACGCAGUGCUGGGUCUCUGGCUGGGGUUAUACCAGACCAGGCCAAGCCCAGGUUGCCAAGACCCUGAAGGAAGCACUUGUUCCAUUGAUCGGUACCAAGAGGUGCAAUAGUUCGUGCAUGUAUGCAGGCGAGCUCACUGCGAGGAUGCUGUGUGCUGGCUAUCUGCAUGGGAGCAUAGAUGCGUGCCAGGGUGACAGCGGGGGCCCCCUGGUUUGCCAGGAUGAAUUCGCGUGGCGCUUGGUGGGCAUCGUGAGCUGGGGCCAGGGCUGUGCUGAACCCAACUACCCUGGGGUCUACACCAAUGUGGCUCAGCUCCUGCCAUGGAUUCAUCACAUCACUGAGGUGUACUAG